AAUAAACAUGUGUUUAUUAAAGUGACAUAGAAAUAGUAUUUAAACCAUGUGUGCUAUGUUUGAUAAAGACGAUACGCGGAAACGGUUCGAAAAAGAACUCCAUAAAAUAUACCGGGAAAGAUCAACGAAACCACAAUGGACUAAGAAGAGAAUAGCAGAGGUUAUAAAUUUUAUAGAGGAGUACAAUUGCACGUCUGACCAUAAAGCGCUGCGUACCAGCGCACAUUAUCACUACUACAAACUUUACGAUGUUAUGGAGAAGUCACAGACCAAGAUUUUGAUAAAAAAACGUAAGAAACAUAGUGAUCCGGUAGUUCAAAUUGUGGCGUCGGAGGACUAUUAUGAUAUUCUAUCAACGAUCCACGAGUCAACGAAACAUGGCGGCCGUGACAAAAUGAUUUCUGCAAUGAAAUCUAAAUACCUUAUACCUGUGCCGGUUGUUCGUGCUUUUAUUAAAUGCUGUACACUCUGCAAGAAAAGGAAUCCUAAAACAAGUUCAAAGAAUCUCGGAUUAGUUGACGUAAUAGAUCUACAGUCAAUACCAGACGGUAAUUAUAAAUGGGUGUUGCAUUACCAGGACUACGUCAACAAAUUCUCGUUUCUUCGGCCAUUGACUUCAAACAGCAUAAGCGAUGUUGCAUGUGAGUUGCUAAAAAUCUUUUUAGAAAUUGGAUGCCCUAAUACAUUGUACAGUAAUUACUCUCAAGAUUUUAGUGUUGCCAUCACUAGAGAAUUGGAUAGCAUGUGGCCUGGUUGUAAUGUAAUAGCAACUUCUCGAUACCCAAAAGACGAAGAAAAUAAAAGUGAUGGGGAUAUAGAGGAUCUGAUACGCGCUUGGAUGAUAGAAAGCAACUCUACCAAUUGGGCGUACGGCAUAUAUUUUGUUCAAUACAAAAUGAACUGUUCAUUCCAUAAGGGCAUACAAAACACGCCGUACAAGGCAUUUUUUGGGAAAUCCCCAAGAGUAGAAUUGACACCUUUACAUGAAACGAUUGAUAUUAAAGUAGAAAGUGUUGAUUCAAGUGAUUCAAAUGAAUCUGAAACAUUACCCGCCCUUGAAGAAGUUUUGAUUGAAGAAGAAAAUGCUACCGAUUGUGGCGCCUCUAGCAGUCAGACUACUGACUACAAAUUUACAAGAUAUACAAUUAAAAAUGAUUCUAAUGUGUCCGAAAUUGUGCCUUCUAAUAAAAUUGAAAGUGGUCCCAGUAAAUUUUCCAUUACAAAGUCUUGUCAUGUUUGCGGCAGAUCGGCUACAUCGUCCUUCACUUGUUGCUCUUGUAAUAAUGUUAUUCAUUAUAGUUGUGCUGAAAUAAUUCAGAAAGAAGCCCCAUUCAAACUAUUAUGUUUUGUUUGCCAGGGUACUGAUAGAUGUGAUGUGUCAGAAAAUAUUACUGCGAAAGAAGAAACUAAAAUUAAAAAAGAUAAUGAAAUGGAAUGUGAAACUGAAUGUAAUAAUAGAGCAUCAAAAUCUUGUUACGUUUGUGGCAAACCGGCUACAUCGGCUUUCACUUGUCAUUCCUGUGACAAUAUUGUCCAUUACAAUUGCGCUGAAAAGAUUGGUCAGAAAGGAUCUCCUUUCAAAUUCUUAUGUUUUAUUUGCCAACAUAAUGAUAAUAGGGAUAUCUCGAAAACAGCACAUUCAAAUAAAACAAUUGAAAUUAAACAAGAAAAAACUUUGGUGUGUGAAAUUAAAUGUGAUCAUAAAAAAGGAUCUUUAAAAACUUGUUGCCAUGUUUGUGGCAAACAGGCUACACCGGCUUUCUCUUGUUAUUCUUGUGACAAUAACGUUCAUUUCAAUUGUGCCGAAAUCAUUGGACAGAAAGGAACACCUUUCAAACUGUUGUGUUUUGUUUGUCAGAAAACUAAGAGAUGUAAAUUGAAUCAAAUAUAAAGUUUUGUCACAUGACAUUAAAUUAAGUACAAAUUAAUAAAUGCAUUUUUAAAUGUCAAAAACAUUUUGACACUUGGCAAUGAAAUGUCAAGACGUAGUUCAGAUGUAUGUUAGUAUAUUUGUCGCAAAUCUUAUUUUUAAUAUACGUAACAAAGUCAUUAUUUAUAGUCAAAUCAUAAUAACCAGAGGAGACUUUGUACAAAAGUCGAUUG